GUUCCCAACGCGUCAUCAGAGAGGGAGGAUGUCGUGUCUUCGAUUUCUAGUAGUGUCACUGAUGGCUGGAUCAGUCCUUCCGGCUGAGUAUUUUUGGGGAAGGUGUCCCUCUGUCCCGCCAAUGAACGAUUUCGACAUGGAAAAGUUCGAAGGACUAUGGUACGUGGUGGAGGCCUUCGACAACGGCGAGAGAUGCAUGUCCCUGAACAUCACGAAGUCGACGGGUUCUCUCGACACCUGGUCGAUCGUGGAGGAGAAGGAGAACGGCCUCUUCAACGCCCUCAGGCUGCCCCACUCCACCUUCAACACGGGCAAGAUUUCGGUUCCCGACAAAAACAACUCUGCGGCCAUGGCAGUCAUUUGGAGGUUGUCAGGGAUAGCUGGACAUGCGGCCUUCACUGUCCAUAACACCGACUACGAUCAGUUCGCCAGUGUCUUCGAGUGUCAGAACGUCGGGUUAUUCCAUCGCCAGACGGGACUGGUUCUCUCGCGAACCCCUGUCCUGAGGGUUGAUCUCAGGCAGAUGGCUCGAAUUCAAACACCUGACGUAAAGGUCGAAUACUACAGGAGAGUCAGUCAAAGCCCCUGCAAAUACAGGCGUCGGCAACCGGAGGAGAGCCGACCAGCCCCGCCUCUCCACAGCCAAGACGACCAGUGGGCGACCUUCAACGGAAUGCCCAACGUCUGAGCUGGUCAUUUUGUUGGUAUGAGAAAAAACGACAAAUGCAAUAACAGGAAAUGGUGUCUGAGUUUACAUUACCCUUUCGUAUAUAAAAGAUCUUUUCUUAAACGUAUGAGUGAAUUUGUGUGGUUACCAGUAAUAUAUAUAUAUAUAUAUAUAUAU